GUGGAGUGAUACUGCGACAUUUCAUUUAAUCAAGGUCGAGUCAUCUUAGAAUUGUUUAAAGAGUGUUCUGUUGAAGAAAAAGUAAUGGAGUGGAAUCUAUACUACUGACACAUAGAAUCCUGAUAUAAAUUUUCUCAAAGUCGUUAUUCUCCAUGUCAAAUUGUCUCCAGAUAUAUCUUCAUCUUAUAAUCAGAAUUUCAGCAUUUAAGCCAUGGCUUCUACCUUUAUCAAUGCAAGAUCUAUUGCUAUCAUUGGCGGUGGCCCAUCUGGAUUAGUAGCCGCGAAGUACCUCUCGGCCGAGAAAGCAUUCGACAAGAUUGUUGAAUUCGAGCAAAGAAGCUCAACCGGCGGGAUAUGGAACUACACACCCGAUGAGACCAACGAAGACAUCUUCACCAUUCCCCAGACCAGUCCAGCUGGAGGUAUUGACAAACCCGUCUGGCGUCCUGCUAAGGGAAAAGAAAGCCUCAAAACCGGACACAAUCACAGAUCAGACGACAAAGUACCUUCAUUCAUAUCUCCGCUCUAUGAACGACUUGAGACCAACAUCCCUCGUUCGCUCAUGGGAUUCUCAGACCUCAACUGGCCUCAAGACUCGCAGCUGUUCCCGAAGCACGAGACUGCAUUAGGUUAUAUCCAGCAGUACGGAGAAGACGUAAAACAUCUUGUUCGAGUCGAGACUCAGGUCGUUGAUGUUAGGCCCGCCACAGACAAUAAAUGGUUGGUCAAAUCAGUCAAUGUAAGGAGCAAGACUGAGCUUGAAGAAAUCUACGACGGAGUUAUUGUCGCAAAUGGUCACUUUAUCGUGCCCUUCGUUCCUGAUAUCGAGGGGUUGAAAGAGUGGAAUGAAAAAUAUCCAGGUGUAGUAUCACACUCCAAGUACUUUCGCAAACCAGAUGUCUUCGCGGGAAAGAAAACAAUCGUCAUCGGCAACUCCGCCUCCGGCCUCGACAUCAGCUCCCAGAUCGCUCCUCUUUGCACUCCGCCACUCCUCUGGUCGCAAAAGGCCGCUCCCCACCUGCAACCCGCGCCCGACCCCAGCAAACUCGACCUCCCACCAAUCGCAGCUUUCAUCCCCGAGUCCCGUUCCGUCCGCUUCGAGAAUGGGCGCGUAGAAUCAGACAUCGACGCUGUCGUCUUCUGCACGGGAUACUUCUACUCGCUGCCCUUUUUGAGAAAUGUUUCGCCGUCUCUGAUCACCGAUGGGAGCCAUGUCGAACAUACGUAUAAGCAUCUCUUCUACGCGCCAAACCCGACUCUUUCGCUCGUAGCACUGCCACAACGUGUUAUCCCCUUCCCAGUUGCUGAAGCGCAGAGCGCGGUGCUAGCACGCGUGUAUGCUGGGCGCCUACCUUUACCUUCAACCGAAGAGAUGCAGAAAUGGGAGAACGACCGGAUCGCAGAGGUAGGAGCAGGGCGUGAUUUCCACCUGCUACCGUUCCCGAAGGACGCAGAAUAUAUCAACGAGCUCUCAAGGUGGGCAUUAAGCGCGCCCGCGAAGGCAGGAUUGGAGAAUGGGGGACAGGGAAAGGUGCCACCCGUGUGGGGAAAGUGGGAAUACUGGUGCAGGGACAAUUUUGCGGCGAUUCGGAGAGCCUUUGUAGCUAGGGGGGAUGCGAGAGCGAGCGUGAGGACUUUGGAAGAGCUGGGUUUUGAUUUCAAAGAAUACUUGAGGGAGAAAGAGAGUGAUGAGAAGGCGCGUCUGUAGCAUUAGAGAAUGUUUCGUGUGGAAAUAGACAGUUGCUUUGUCCAUAGAGCUGCAUAUAGACGUAGCAGUGCAACCUAAACCAUCCCCAGGAAGAAUUUGUGGCAUUUAUCUCAAAUCCUCGCCCUCGUCUGUCAGAGGUAUCGCAAAAUUUCGCCAGGACUCCGUAAAACGCCAAUUUCAACCGUUUGACCCCAUUUUGAUCUGGCUUUCCCUCAGAUUACCCUCUCUCAUCCAGCUCUCCAGAUCUAGGUUCCGAGUGCAUGCUUAUCCUUCUGCUGCGUCAUGAGCAGUCCAUAUCUCCUCUUCAGCGUGACUCGGUGGCGGGAGUACUUGUCGUCGGGCGAGAAGCGCGCCGGGUGGGCAGACUUGGAGACCUCGCCUUUGAUGACCUUCUUGAGGGUG